UACUGAACCCCGAAUGAAUUUCCAGACAAUGCCUAUGAAUACAGAGGAAGAGGGUGGAUACUCUAAUUUAUAUCACCUGCCACAGCAUCCAGCCAGACACUACAUGUCCCUGAACAUCAACAAAGGGCACUCUCUUCCCUUUGCUGUAUGGUGGCCAGCUAUCUUUACUUUGUUUGUGCUGUGCCUGGCCCUCACCACAGGAAUGUUAAUCCUAGGUCUCAGAGGUUCUAAGGCACCUGAGGGACAUAAUGAAAACUUGCAAGGACUAAAAGAGAAAUUGUGCUUGAUGAGUGAUGCCAACAGUAAGAACAACAGACCUGCAUGUACUCUCUGCCCUGCAAACUGGAAAUGGGUUGGAGGUGACACCUGCUUCUACUUUUCAGAAAAGAAGGCCACAUGGCAGGAAAGUGAAGACUUUUGCUUCUCCUGGAAUGCCACCCUUCUUAUGCUGAAAACGAAAAGCAAGUUGAUUAACAUAUCUCAAAUAUUACUGAAACAGUCUUACUGGAUUGGAUUAUCAUAUGGAGUUGAUGGCUGGUCUUGGGAAGAUGGUACGAAACUUCCUACAAAGAGAAUGGACUGGAUUGACUUGUCCUUUAAGCAAAACUGUGCAUACCUAUUUUAUCAUAGGUCAACAGUUUAUAGUGAGAAUUGUUAUGAGAAACAUCCCUGGAUUUGUGAGAAAGCAGCAGUUCAGCUGAUCUAAAAGGAUUAUCAGCAGAAAAAGAAUUGGAAGAGGAUGAAGACUUUGAUGUUCAGAUUUUCAAAGAAGGGGUAUAAAAUAACGUUUCCUGCAAAUUCAGAGCAGAGUCCAUCCUUUCUUCCUAGUGUAUUCACACAAAAAAUGGAAAUGAUACAGAAAGCCUUUGAAGAUAAAAGGAACCAGUAUUAACAAAUAUCUAUGAAUCAGAGACAAUAUAUUAGUCUUAGUGUUCUAGUUCAGAAACCUCUACUUAAGCAAUGCUGACAAUCUUGAGCAUUAAUUACAGCCAAAGAAAUCAGAAGUGUAAAGGCCUUUGUGACCACUUCUUCUCACUCUGAUGGAAUUUCAUGUGUAUCAAUCUACGCUGACCUCUUAUAAUUCUUAACUAUUUCAGCCCUCUCUUCAGCACACUCACUUUCAGCUAUUCUGUAUUAUUUUAAAACUCCAAGGCAGUCUCCUCUCUUUUACUACUCAAAAAUAUAUGUCUCCCUUGUUCAUUAUUUGGCAGUGAAACAUUACUUGGCACCCUUGUCCUCUUCUUGACUGGGUAUAAUAUCUGAAUUUUAGGUAUGCUCAAAUUUUACUUCCAGACAAUGUUGGGUUUGCUUUACAUGUGAUACUAUGAUCUUCUAAGAAUGCCUGUAAGUCAGUGUUACAUGAGUUUUAUAAACAUUAUGUUAUUAUCAUAAUCCCCAUUGCACUCAUGCAGGGAGAAGGAUUCUUGAAAGAAUGGCAUCUGAUGGCUAUUAGCCUUUAGCUAACAUAGAAUAUGUUAACCCUACCUAAUGUAUCUAAUUGUAUGAAAGGAUGGAUAUGUGCCAUCAUGGCUACACACUCAAUGCAUGUGACAUGAAUAGUGGCAUUGAUAACUGGAAUGUUGUGAUGGUAUUCAGAAAAAUAUUAAUUGCUGAAUUUGGAAUGGAAUUUUCCAAUUGUCCUGGGCUCAGCUGUAGCAGUCAUAUUUCUCCUUCUUAGUAGCUGGUACAGUGUUGUGUUUUCGCCUUUAGCCUGAGAAUAAUGUUGAUAACACACCAAUGUUUUUAGUUGUUGCUAAGUAAUGCCUACAACUUAAACCACUGGUGUGUUAUCAGGUAUCCUGAACCCAGGACACGAUUGUAAUGGCAACCACAUAUUUUUGGUGUUGUAUAUUAAUUGUCUUUCGGAAUGGAUGAUUUUCUAAAUAUAAGUAACUGUG